AUGCACAUUCCCUGGGGAGGCGCAGAGAACAUCUACCGCCGCGUUGGUCUCUCAUUCCAGCAUCUAGACAAAGAGCACUGGCGUAUUCACUGCGUAUGCAGACUGUCUUUCACCAAUUUCAGUCCAGAUGACCGUCUACGCUCUCUUCGGAAUGCCUGGAAAUCUCUUGUGAUAGAGUUCCCCCGACUCGCUGUCCGACCCAAUGGCACAACAUCAAAGAUAUAUCGGGUUCUGAGCGACGAGACCGAUGUUGAGAACUGGGCAAACGAGAGCUUCUUUGUCGAGUUGGAGAAGACUCCAGGCGACGUCGUGCGCACUCUGGGUCCUUGCGAUCUGCCAUCCCUGCACUUCCUUCCAGCUUCAUCUGAAAUCGUCCUCCUGACAUCGCACUGGAGGAUGGACGGGGUGGGAGCUUUGAUGCUUCUGGAUCGGCUGCUCACCCUUGUGGUACUUGAAGGACACAGUACUAUCCCUAGUAGUCCAGAGAACCAGUGCCUUCGCGUCUCUCCCUCGCUCGAGGACGCAGCCAACUGUCCACCUAUGGAUGCGUCUCCGGCCUCGACAAUGCUCAAGUCCUACGCCAACUCCUGGAUCGACAACAUGCACAGACAGGCCAUCAACGCGAGCGGUCUCCCCUAUAAUGGAGAUAAUACGACUCCACCUGGUGAUACAACUCAAGAGACCAUGAACCUCACACCCUCUGCCACCAAAGCAUUGAUGAUAGCCUGCAAGUCAAAGGCCAUCUCCAUCUCCGCCGCCGUUCAUGCGGCACUCGCCCAGACUGUCUUCUCUUUAAGCCCCGAAGACGACAAGUCAGACUAUACCACAGUCAUGGCCGUGAACCUCCGCCCUUAUCUUCCCCCGCCAUAUAAUGGCCCCGAUCAUGCAGUCCAGACCUACGUCGCGAGUAUCAUCCCCACUGUCCCAAGGAACCAGAAACUUACAGAGGCCGCACAGGACCUCACCCGAACGUAUAGAAAUUGGUACAGUGAGGAGUUCAUACGGGCUCUGCGCUGGAUAUACACCAUCCAUGCGGAGCGAUUGUUUAAAAGUCCUCCCAAGCCAAGUGGAGGUAGACCGAAGCCGCCGUCAGGUGUGACGUUGAGUAGUCUGGGUGUUGUGGAAGGCUUCCUCAAGGGUGCAUACGAUGGCAAGGGAAAGGGUGUCAUGGUCGAGCAGUUUAGCUUUGGAGUGACGAUGAUGACGAGGCAGAUGUUGCUGUAUGUUUGGACAUUUGCAGGGAGGUUGACGUUGUCACUUUGCUAUAACGAGGCUUAUUAUCAGGAGGCGAUGGCGAGGGAAGUUUUAGAAAGACUCCGAGAUUUCUUGGAAAGCGAGCUGGCGGUUUCCCUCGACGUGGAGUGA